AUGUCUAGCGCCGUCCAAAACUUCCGACCCGUGGUAAUCUCCGGACCCAGCGGCACCGGAAAAUCCACCCUACUGAAACGCCUCUUCGCCGAAUACCCCGAUAAAUUCGGCUUCAGCGUCUCACACACAACCCGGUCCCCGCGACUCGGCGAAAUCAACGGAAAAGACUACAACUUCGUAACGCGCGAAUCCUUCCAAUCCCUCAUAACCUCCAACGGAUUCAUCGAACACGCCCAAUUCGGCAGCAACCUGUACGGCACCAGUGUAGCCGCAAUCAAGUCCGUCGCCGAGCAAGGACGAAUUUGUAUCCUGGACAUUGAAAUGGAAGGCGUGAAGCAGGUUAAGCGUCGGGAAGAUCUUAAUGCGCGCUUCGUAUUUCUCGCACCGCCUUCUAUGGAGGAACUUGAGCGGCGGUUGAGGGGGAGAAAUACCGAGACGGAGGAGAGUUUGCAGCAGAGACUUGCGCAGGCGAGGAAUGAGUUGGCUUUUUCGCAGACUCCUGGGGCGCAUGAUAAGAUUGUUGUUAAUGAUGAUCUUGACAGGGCUUAUGGGGAGUUGAAGGAGUUUAUUGUUGAUGGGGGACGGUUUGGGGCUGCGCAAUGA